AUAAUUCCCGAGGUACAACCAUUAUAUCAAAUUUAUAUGAUGGAGCAGCAAGGCAAUACGAUUAUUUUGGAUGAUGACGUUGAUCAAGUGGUGAUACUGAAUCAGGCUAACAAUGAAAACAAGAUAAUAAGACGAAAUUCUUCAUCAGCGUCAGUGGAUAGUGGUCGCGGUGGUGAUUACUCGACUACAGUAUCGCAUAUAACUUCAAAUACAUCGAUGAGAAGAGAUCGAUUUAUUGCUGCUAGUCAUUAUGGAAGUCAACGUUCUCUGUGGUGUGAGUUGCCUGAGGUGAAGAAUGCUGGUUUACUGGAAAAAUUAGAUGAUAAAGCAAAAAAAUUGCAAGAAGCAUUCUUUGAAGUAAUAACAAGUGAAGCAUCGUAUCUUCGUUCUUUAAAUAUUCUUAUAACCCAUUUUAUGGCUGCUCCUGAAUUGUUAGGAUCCAAAGGGAUUUCAUCGGUUAUAUCAAAUGUGGAACGCAAACAUCUUUUCAGCAAUAUUUUUUCUGUUCGAGAUUGUAGUGAAAGAUUAUUAUGUGACUUAGAGACACGAUUAGAAUCAAAUUUAUUGCUAACAGAUGUUUGCGAUAUUCUAUGUGAUCAUUUUAUGGGUAAUUUUGAACCUUAUGUAAAAUACUGUUCGAAUCAAGUUUACCAGGAUCGAACACUUAAAAAAUUGAAAUUUGAAAAUUCGUCAUUUAUGUCAUGUAUACAACGGCUGGAAAGUGAUCGUUUGUGUCAAGGUCUUGAUAUGCGUUCAUUUUUAAUGUUGCCAAUGCAGCGAAUCACUCGUUAUCCUUUACUAGUUAUUGCAAUUCUAGAAAGGACACCACAAGAUUCUCAACAAAAUAAAAAUGCUCAUUCGGCAUUGCAUCUCGCUAAUAAGGUGGUAACGGAUUGUAAUGAGGGUGCACGACGCAUGGAAAGAACUGAGCAAUUACUCGAUAUUGAAAGACGACUUAUUUAUAAAUCACCCGAUUUAAAGAGAAUUGCGUUAGUGAAAAGUGGAAGAUAUUUAGUAAAACGCGGUAUGUUAACACAGCUUUUAGAAAAACGCGCAAAAAAUUUGUUGCACAGCAGCAAACAAAAUUCCCGAAACAUUUACAUUUUCCUUUUUAGUGACAUUAUUAUGAUUACAAAGAAAAAAAUGUUAGUUUAUUCUUCCAAGAUUUUACACCUUCGCAAAUUUUUUCUAUUUAUACCUAUAUUUAUAUAUUUAUAUCUAACCGAAUAUUUUUUUACAAAAGGGCGUCAAAUUGAAUUAUUAUUGAAUGCUGACUCUGAAAGUGAUCGAGAACGAUGGCUUUCUGCUUUAAGGCCACCAUGUUCAAAUCCCGAAGAAAAAAUAUAUGCAGACUGGGAUUGUCCGCAAGCUAUCACUGUUCAUGAUUAUAAAGCUGGACAGGAAGAUGAAUUGUGUCUUACAAAAGGCGAUCUUGUUAAUAUUCUUAGAAAAAUGCCCGACGGUUGGUUUUAUGGCGAAAGAGUAAAUGAUGGUGCUGGCGGUUGGUUUCCAUCUUCAUAUGUUCAGCAGGUGUUAAAUGAUCAUGUUCGAGCAAAACAUUAUCGACAACGAUUAAGAGUUAUCCAGCAGCAAUCUUCAUCAUCGGUUCAACGAAGGCACCCUCAUUUCAUAAAACGUUUUCGACGUUUAAGCAAUCCAAAAUCAAUUUUUUUAUCGAAUAUUACUUAA